CAUGGCGUAGCGCAUAUCUCGACGAGACAAUUCGAGCUGAACACCGACCCGAUGUACGAGGGCACGAAUUGCUCACGCAUCGGUUUCGAGACGAAGUCGUCGCACGAGAGCUUUUUUACCGUGUUCGGCGUCUUCUUCGCGAAUUUCCUCGGUGUCCUGGCAGGCGUUAAUAUGAGCAGCGAUCUGAAAGAUCCACACCACAGCAUUCCCGUGGGUGAGCUCUCUGCUGUUGGAGUCAGAAUCCCAAUAAAACUUGAGGUGAUGGCUGCUGGGCUCUCUGGAGCCCCGGAUGGAGCGUAA